AUGGAUCUGCCAUCUUCACCUUCCUCCAUCAUCACCAUCCCACCUAGUUAUCAUGAAACUGCUCAAAGGUUGGGGAAAAUGAUUGCGGAGGCUAUGACUUGCCGCUUUGCCCUGCUGCACUACGACAGUUCGUCAAAAUCGAUGGUUGAAUGGUGUUGGCCUGCCGAUAGCGAGGGACAGAAGAUUCCACCAUCUGACUUAGAGGAUUAUUGUGCCGAAUACAACUUCAAAUAUCCGUGCUGCCUAUGCGCUGACAGCGGUAGAAAAGGAGGGUACAUAGAGACAGCAGUAUAUUCAUGGUGGAAUGAAACCACAAAGAAGACUUACUGGAUUGCAAGAUGUGCUUCUGAUACAUGCGGAUACCAAGUGAAGAUAGAUGGGUUCUUCCAACUAACUCCUUCAAUCGCCUUCCAGUACCCACGAAGAGAUACUGCUCAAACACUGCAAAAGAUGUAUGCGAGUAGGAGCAAGGCCAGUAAUGAAACACCACAUCAGAGUCUGUUCAGGUUCUUCAGGAGGGGUGCAAAAGCGACGGGAAGACUUGUCAUCGCUGGAUCAUGA